AUGCAGACGAUGCUGAGCCGCGGGGUGGGCGUCGGCACACAGACGGGGCCGGCGUGGCCGCUGUGUGAGGUGAGCGGCGCGGUGCCGCCGCCGGCGCCGACCGCCAGCGCCGCGCCGCGCCGCUUCCACGGUCACCGGCUGCGUGGGCGCGCCGACGCCGGCCACCCGCCGCGCCCCAUGCCGACUUCCAGAGAUGGCUCUCCGACGGCCGCGCUCCGCGACCCGAGGACGGCGGCCAUUUCUGUACCGGCAGACGUCGGCCUGGCCAGUGGUGCCUCGGACUUCCCCAUGACGUCCAGCAGUGAGUCAGGGACGUCCGUGCGCUCCGGGCACUUCGCUUCGCUGGACGCCAUGGCCGGGGCCGAGCCGCCGGUGCGGCCUAGUCAGUCGUCCCCGGCGCCGGGGAAGGGACGUGAUGUGGGACCGGGUCUGGUGUGGGGUGUUUGGACGGCGCGGCGUCGGACCGCCUCACCGGAGAAGGAGGCGGCUGAACUGAGCUGGUGUGUGGCUGGGAUCCAGCCGCCGACCCCGGCGUCUGGCCCCCCAUCGAGCUCGCCCCCGCUCCAGGCAAAAGCUGAUGUUCUGAGGGGGUGGCUGACCUCGACUGACCCGCUCAGACGACCUGACGAUCCUUCACCUCCGCCGGGUGAUGUGCAGGCGCGGCUGGAUGUCUUGCACCAACAGCUGAUCCCCUGGUCCUCGUCUUCGGCCAAGAAGCGUUCAGACCAGUUCGGCCUGCGCUCUGCGCGGGACGCCUGUGUGACGGUCGACCACGGUCGCAGCCUGCUCGGUCGCCCAGCCAGCUCGCCGGAGGACUGCUGUGGCGACGGUGGCGUCGCCUCGUGGCCCGCCGGCAGCACCAUCACAGACUCUGACAUGGACCUGGACUCGGACGCCGAGUUCGGUUGAUGCUCCGCGCGUGUGCAGUGCUGGGACGGAAUGUGAGGCGGGGUCAUCUGAGUUGCCUUUGCGCGAGGAAUUUAGUGAUUACGGCUUCGCGGCUAAGGCUGUGGGAUUGUUUGUUCUAGGCACGCAGUACUUUUUAUAUGAUGAUGUUCCCAGAUGCAGAGCAGCGUCACAUUUACAUAGUUGCGUACGUAGUUCGUUUUUCAUAGGGUUGUUUCAUGUCAGUCAGAGUUGCAGGACAUUUGUUAUGGGCAUUGUAUAACAGGCAGUGCUUGUGACAUUGUUUUACUGACCAAGAAUACACGUCAAUCCAGUGCAUUGUGUGAACGAUGUUUACAUGAUCUAAACGGUCCUGGCCCUGACGUAGGUGUGCGGCAUGUGUGGAUGUCAGUGCAUAGUUGGGUGAGAUAACAGUAAGCAGGAGUGUUCCUCAACUUAUGGUGUGCAUUAUUUUGUCAUGCGCCCUAGUGCGGCCUGGGAUCUUGAAUUCCUUCCGCAGGUGGUAUAAUAAUUCAGUAAUGGCCGUUCCCGAUUGUUCAAAUAAACCAAUGAUCAUA